CACAGGACUCUGUUUGUCGGGGUGAGGAUGCCCCUGGGCCGUCAGUCUCACCGCCAUCACAAAGCUCACAGCUCCAAACAACGCAGGAGAGAGAGGUCGAGAACGGGGAGCCUAGCACCUGAUACUGACCUUACAGACAGUGCUAACACCUCACAUGACACUCCAUCACAGAGGGUGCAGUUUAUUCUGGGCACAGAGGAGGACGAGGAACACGUGGCUCACGAACUGUUCACCGAGCUGGAUGAGAUCUGUGUUAAAGACGGCAAAGACGCGGAGUGGAAGGAGACAGCCAGGUGGCUAAAGUUCGAGGAGGACGUGGAGGAUGGAGGUGAGAGGUGGAGUAAACCCUACGUGGCCACUCUGUCUCUGCACAGCCUGUUCGAGCUACGCAGCUGCAUCAUCAACGGCACCGUCCUGCUGGACAUGAGAGCCAACUGCAUCGAGGAGAUCGCCGACAUGGUGCUGGACCAUCAGGAGGCAGCUCACGAGUUGGACGACAGCGUGAGGGUAAAGGUUCGAGAGGCUCUGCUGAAAAGGCAUCACCACCAGAGUGAUAAGAGGAGAUCCAACCUGCUGCCCAUGGUCAAAUCUCUGACCGACUCUGGCAGGAAGCAGAGCGAACCCCACUGCCUGGACAAGACUGGGUACGUCACAUCUUCUCAGUCUCCUCCUUUAACCGCCGAAGUGAAAAACGGUGCCGGGCAGGAAAACAGCCAGGUGGACCUCAGUAAGGUUGACACACACUUCAUGAAGAAGAUCCCGACCGGGGCCGAAGCCUCUAACGUGCUGGUGGGAGAGCUGGACUUCCUGGAGAAACCCGUCGUAGCGUUCGUCCGACUUUCACCUGCGGUACUGCUAACAGGACUCACUGAAGUACCCAUUCCAACCAGGUUCAUGUUCAUUCUGCUCGGGCCGGACGGAAAAGCCCAGCAGUAUCACGAGAUCGGACGAUCCAUGGCUACCAUCAUGACCGACGAGAUUUUUCAUGAUGUAGCGUACAAGGCUAAGAACAGGAGCGACCUGCUGGCUGGGAUCGAUGAGUUUUUGGAUCAGGUGACUGUUUUGCCUCCUGGAGAGUGGGACCCUUCUAUCCGCAUUGAACCCCCAAAGAGUGUCCCCUCGCAGGAGAAAAGGAAGAUGCCUGGCGUGCCCAACGGGACGAGUGUUCCUGCCGAGGUGGAGACACACGGGGAACACCACGGACCAGAGCUACAGAGAACUGGGAGGUUGUUUGGAGGUUUGAUUAUGGACGUGAAACGAAAAGUGCCCUUUUACCUGAGCGAUUUUAGAGAUGGGCUGAGUCUGCAGUGUAUGGCGUCGUUCCUCUUCCUCUACUGUGCCUGCAUGUCGCCUGUCAUUACCUUCGGAGGGCUGCUGGGGGAGGCGACAGAGGGACGCAUCAGUGCGAUCGAGUCUUUGUUAGGAGCCUCGAUGACGGGCGUGGCAUACUCUCUGUUCGCCGGUCAGCCGCUCACUAUCCUCGGCAGCACUGGACCCGUUCUGGUGUUUGAGAAAAUCCUUUUCAAGUUCUGCAAAGAUUAUGACCUGUCGUACCUGUCUCUGCGCACCUGUAUCGGCCUGUGGACGGCCUUCCUGUGUUUUCUCCUGGUUGCCACGGACGCCAGCUCUCUGGUCUGCUACAUCACACGCUUCACGGAGGAAGCCUUCGCCGCCCUCAUCUGCCUCAUCUUCAUCUACGAGGCUAUAGAGAAGCUCAUACAUCUGGGAGAACUCUAUCCUGUCAACUCACACAGUGACCUGGAUAAACUCACACUGGCCUACUGUAAAUGUGCAGUGCCUGACAACCCUAGUAAUAAAACUCUGAUGAUGUGGACUGAGAGGAACAUCACAGCGUCUGAAGUGCCGUGGAGCAACCUCACUGUGAAGGAGUGUUUAGAUCUGCACGGCCACUUUGUCGGGACGGCUUGUGGUCAUCACGGCCCCUACACUCCCGACGUACUCUUCUGGUCAGCGAUCUUGUUUUUCUCCACCUUCUUCCUGUCCACCUUCCUCAAGCAGUUCAAGACCAGCAGAUAUUUUCCGACACGGGUGCGGUCUAUGAUCAGUGAUUUUGCCGUGUUCCUGACAAUCGUUUUCAUGGUGCUGAUCGACUUCGCCAUCGGAGUUCCAUCUCAGAAACUACAAGUGCCAAGCAAAUUUAAGCCUACACGGGAUGACCGCGGCUGGCUGAUUAACCCGAUCGGUCGGAACCCGUGGUGGACGGUUCUGGCAGCGGCAAUACCAUCCAUGCUCUGCACCAUCCUCAUCUUCAUGGACCAGCAAAUCACAGCCGUCAUCAUCAACCGCAAAGAACACAAACUGAAGAAGGGCUGCGGCUACCACUUGGACCUGCUGAUGGUGGGGGUGAUGCUGGCUGUGUGUUCAGUGAUGGGCUUGCCGUGGUUCGUAGCAGCGACCGUGCUGUCAAUCUCCCACGUCAACAGUCUAAAACUGGAGUCAGAAAGCUCUGCCCCCGGGGAGCAGCCACGAUUCCUGGGCAUCAGAGAGCAGAGACUAACCGGCCUGGUCAUCUUCCUGCUCAUGGGCUGCUCUGUGUUUAUGACUGGUGCUUUACAGUUCAUCCCCAUGCCGGUGUUGUAUGGAGUGUUCCUCUAUAUGGGUGCUUCCUCUCUCAAAGGCAUUCAGUUUUUUGACCGUUUGAAGUUGUUCGCAAUGCCAGCAAAACAUCAGCCGGAUUUCAUCUACCUUCGGCACGUUCCUCUAAGAAAAGUUCACCUGUUCACCAUCACACAGCUCACCUGUCUUGUACUGCUAUGGGUCAUCAAGACGUCCCCCGCCGCCAUCGUAUUCCCCAUGAUGGUGCUGGCGCUGGUCUUCAUCCGUAAACUGCUGGAUUUCUGCUUCACCAAACGGGAGCUGAGUUACCUCGAUGACCUCAUGCCUGAGAGCAAAAAGAAGAAACUUGAUGACGCGUCUAAAAAGGCAGAGGAGCAAGAGUCACAGGAGAUGCUGGUUGAUGACUCAGACAGAGGAGAGGAUAAAAACACGGUGCGGAUCCCCAUGGAGAGCAGCAAGCUACUGCAAUCUCCUAAAACACCAGACCCCAGGACUGACCCCUCCGACAUCAACAUCUCGGACGAAAUGUCUAAAACUACGGUCUGGAAAUCUCUUCGCUCCAAUCACAGUGACACACACCGUGCAGCAGGGCUCAAAAAGGAUUGCCAGUGAAGAGCCACGCAAAUCCUGCGAAUUCAUAACUAGUGAAUUAACACCAUUCUCUCUCUCUCUCUCUCAAACCCCC